UAAAGUAUUGUAACUGAAGAGAAUGAAUAUUCUCACAUUUGUUCUAUCCAUAGGGAUUUUUUCUUUCGCUAGGACUGAUGAUGAAACAUGCUACGACAAAUUCGAAUAUGUUUUUAAAGUAAUGCAUAGAUUGUCCGAAGUAGUAAAGAAACUUGAACAUUUUCAGGAAACUAAGCUGGAGAAAGAAGACACUCGUACUCUUAGCCAAGGUGACACGUUUACAAGAUGGGGAAGAUUUUCUUGUCCGAAUGGAACAACAUUGAUCUACGAAGGUUUUGCUGGAGGUUCUGAACAUGGUGCAAGGGAUAGCGCAGCAAAUUAUGUUUGCCUGCAUAAACAGCCAACAUGGAACGAUAACAAUGUGUAUAAGUCACAAACGAAUCUUAUGCAUGGCGCAGAGUAUCAGACUGGUAGCACUAACUGGGACAAGAUUUACGAGUAUGAUGUCCCAUGUGUUGUAUGCCACGUACCUAGCAGCAAUAUUGUCAUAAUCCCUGGACGAAAUGUAUGUCAUGAAAAACAUUCAUUGCAGUACAGCGGAUAUCUUAUGUCGGGUCACGAUUCAAAUACAUCAGAAACGGAAUUUGUCUGUGUUGAUGAUGAGCGUGAGUUUUUCCUGAUUCAAGUGCAAAUCAUAAUGGCAAACUUUUUCAUUUCGUCUAUGCAAAGUGCGGAUCAUUGAAAUGCCCACCGUACGAAGAGGGAAAGAAAAUAACAUGCGCAUUUGCUCAUUUUGAGAAAACUUUUCGAAAGUGUAAUCGUUUGAUUUGAAAAUCAAACACGUUAUCCAUGAUAGAUAACAAUUAUU